AUGGAUGUGUAUUCACUAUCCUUACAAGAGUGUGACGGUCCUGAGAAGAUGGGAUGCUCCCAGAGUGAACUUCGCGGCCAGAAAUCAAAUCAACCACAACAACUGCAAGGAGCCUCACGAGAAGAAGAAAAAGAAAAAGAAAAAAAAGCGAAUGGAGUGAAUGCGAAUCCCACCGAGCGGCGAGCCUCUCCGCAAGUGAAGGAGACCCGCACGCCGGCGAUUCCCCCCAUUCCGCCAGGCUGCUGGUAUGCCCAGCCCUUCACGGAAACCACCACGAUGAACCUCACGGAGUAUCAUAUGAAACAGCGGGGCCGAGUGGUCUUUUCAAAUGCGUACAUUCCUGUGGGGGCGUCGGAGUUGGAGAGUCUCCCCGGCCACGCCCCACUCGUGCGGACCACGUUAAAGAUUGGAACGGAUCUUGUGUAUGGAAUGGCAUACUUUCAUAGUACUCCACUCUAUAUUGAAUACUACUGGCGUUCACGAGUGGCACAUUAUAAUAAAAUGUGUAAAGAAAAAGAACAACAACAAGAAGAAAAAAAACGAGAGGAAGAUGAUGUACAUCCUUCUACUAGUACGUUGAUAGGAGAUAAGGAAAAUAGUCAACGGGAUCUUGUGAAAACAAUUUACGAUCGACCAUACUUUGAUACUUUUGUGGCUUUUAAGGUUUAUGUUGAUGACAAACUUGUACCAGAUCAUUAUCCCUCAAGCAAAAGUAUUCCUAAUUGUACAGCUACUAUAUUCACAAGUGAGGCCUUUAAUAAUUGGAUUUGUAUUCCUGUUGUUCUUAUUGGUUAUUUAAAUAAUUUUCUAUUAAGUACAAUUUCCUUGUAUAGAUAUCUCUCACUCAACUUUGUCGAAUACCUAUUGCAGCAAUCCAGUUCCUUAUAUGGAAAUGAUAUUUUUGGAUCUGAUGAGAAUACUAAUACUACUAAUAAUAAUAGUAAUAGUAAUAACUCUGUAGAAGAGAGUAAUAAUAAUCAAGAGGUAAAACGAGUGUUUAAAGUACGAGUUGAAGUGGUCUACGGCUGUCGAUCAGAGAUGAACUUCUGUACAGAUUACAUCUCAAAAGGAUCUGUCAAUAUUGUCAUGACAAAAAAAUCUAGAGGAGUAUUAAAAUCAUAUGAGGAAAAGCUGCGAAAGUUAAUUCAACGUAGUCUUCCAGUACGUGAUCAACUUAUUCCAAUGGAUCGAUUGGCUUUAGUAACCCAAGAACAGCAAGAACAACAACAACAACGAUCACGAGUGUGUCUCUUCUGUAACUCUCCAUUGCGUUUCACCUGCACUAUUUGUGGAGCGCAGCUCUGCGGUACAACUGCCUGUGUCUGGCGGCCCUUUACGGGUUACCCGCACGGAUGUUCUGUCCACAAGGCUCAGAUAUAA